CACCUAGCUAUUAGUGUGUGGGGAGCUCAUCCCUGAGCUGUCGGCCCUCGCUUUCACACUCUCUGUACUGUAGGCUGGUUUCAAGUCCGUCUUCGUGUUGUAUCAUACUUUCACGGGAUGCUCUGGAGGCAUAAUGAUAAACGACAUGUUGUCGUGGUCGUCGGGCACACAGGAGUGGGCGUAAGCUCCCUCGUGAACCUCCUGGCCGGUUGUCCUGUGUCGCGAAAUAGUCCAGAUGCCAAGCCACACACACGAUGGGACAAGAAACAUCUCAUACAAAUCGGCGACUCGGAGAGAUAUGUUUCUGUGUACGAGAUACCGGGUUUCGGCGGGGAUAUCAAAGAUGGUACCCUCAUCAACUACGUCCGAUCCCUGCAUGCUCAUCGUGGAAUUGAUCUCGUACUCUACUGCAUGCGGCCGAUGAGGGACACCUUUAUGCCGCAGACUUUCAAGCUGUUGCGGGAGAGCCUGCACAGAGUGCCCUUUGUUGCAGUUGUAACAGGGUUGGAAUAUUACGGCGAGACAAUGGAGCAGUGGUGGUCCACGCCCUCCGAGAAAGAUAAACCCGCGAACGGGAGGAUGUUGGAAAUGGAGUUCGAGAUGACCUUUCAGGACCACGUUUGCGUAACGACGCUACCGGAGGUGGCGAUUGACGACAAUAAGAAGUUGACAAGACGGAGAGAGGGAUCAGAUGAAGACGUUGAAAAUUUGGUUUGCAAGUACUGCAAAGAGGAUACCAAGACACCAGCUGCUGGUGGUGUCUGGUGGAGACUCUCGGCAAGGCUUAAAGUGAGGGCUGCCAUUUAUGCUCAUUAACAUGCAAUGGACUUGGUCGAUUCCAUGUCACUGCUUGCCAAGCGUUGGGUGGAACAUCAGGGUUUGGUAGGACACUUGCUUUAAGACAUCUGGUUCUCUAGGUUAGUGGUAGGGGACUGUAGUCUUGGGACUCAAAUGUGCAACAUACGUCGGGAUUUGCG